CAAACAACAACACCGCUUUUUUUGUAGAUUUGGUUAUCGGGCGGGGCGCAGAAGCAUCGAGAGGCAAUGCCGCUUGUCGUCAAGCUCAAGAAUCCAAAUCAUGGAAAGGCGGCGGCAGAUGAGGAGCCGGUCUUUGGUCAGGGAACAGGCGAGGCGAGCGGACAAGUGACGGGGCAAGAGCCGAGUCAGUCUCAAGGACACGAACACGAGGAGGCGGGGGUGCGCGUGAAGCAAGAGGAUCACGUCUAUGAUGGAGACGCUGCUGAAGGGCUCUUGAACGGGCAGACGUCCUUCUCCAACCUACGUCUGAGCCAAGCAAGAAGCCCGUCCGACGACAGUGGCCUCGACGACCUCGCUUCAGCCUUUGCGCAAUCGAGCAUCCAGGAUGCGGGACCAGGUGCCGGACAGCCUGCGCCCUCCACUCUGCCACCUCCGCUCGUCGAUGUCUUGGUCGCUCCAGCUGUGCUUGGCCACAGAUAUGUACGAGGAAGGGACACGAGCUUCAUCGUCGAGCGGCCAGAGCGGAUACGGGGUGUCCUCCUCGGACUGUCCACCGUCUUGGCCCGGCUCGAGAGCGAAGCUGAGGGCGGCGGGCCAGCUCAGGACGAUGCAGACAUGGACCUUUCCGACCGGCUAGGAAGGCUCAAUGUUGUCGAAGCAGGUAGCGCGAGGGGACAGGCCACCCUUCUGAAGCCAUUUUCAGUGCUUUUGUCAUCUCGCGCGCUCGAUCUGUCCAACACGUCCAAUGCUGCCCUGCGGUACAUCCACGCACAUCCAGACGAGAUGCUCGGUGCGGAAGCACAGGGUGAGCCCUCACAAUACGCGGCCAAAGAGGCAGCCAAGGCAGCUUCCGAUGUCUUUGCCAACAGACAGAAUCUGCCGACUUCCUAUGCCGACUUUCUUCUCCGUUUGUGCGCCCAGGCGCCCUUCUCGGCACCCCCGCCCCGUCCGCCGCGGAAGCUGCGCUCGCCCAAGGUGCGAGAGUCGGCCGAUUCUUCUUCCGAUGAAGACGAGGGGUCCGCUAGGCUAUCUGAAGUGCCCAUCCACCUGCCUCAGGGCGAUCUCUAUCUCUGCGGGCCGAGACCAAAGCCAGCGGUAGUCAAGGAGGAGGAGGUGAAAGAGGCGUCGACUUACUUUGACAAGCAAGCACCGUCUACUCCUCAGCACCAGCAACCGCUAGCAGAACCCAAGACGCCAGAAGGGACGGCCAACAGGACUGCGCCAUAUCCUCAGAAUCCGGACCCACAAACGCCACAGCCUCGCCCAGCAGCAGCCGUGCCUCAAAAGGGCUUGGACAAUGACCAGCAAGGCUCUCACUGGACGGCACAGGGGACGAGAGGAGCCAUCGAGGCGGCCCUCGGUGCCUGCUGCACCGCCGUGGAUCGUGUCGUUGCAGCUGCUACCCUCCGUGAUCCGUCCGAGGAUGCUGCGGUGGAACGUAUCGACGUAGACGAUCUUUUAAAAUCCCUUCGACCAGUCCCGCUAAACCACAACGUCGAACCUUCACCUGCGCCUGCCUCAGUGGCCCCACCUGCACGGCCACCAUCAAAGCGCGCGUUUGUCCUCACGAGGCCUCCAGGCCACCACUGCUCGGCCACGCAGCCUUCUGGCUUCUGCUGGGUCAACAACGUCGCUGUUCUGGCCGCACAUGCGUACGAGGCCCACGGUAUCGACCGCAUCGCAGUCCUGGACAUCGAUCUCCACCACGGGAACGGCACGCAGUCGCUUGCAUGGCGAAUCAAUGCUGAUUCGGUUCGCAAGGACGCCGAGCGCGAGGCCAAAUUGGCUGCUAACAAGUCCACGAUCCGAGGCCCUCGAAGAUCUGCAGGUGUCAGCGUGGCAGAGCAAGAGAUGGACGCGGGCAGAAGGGGGCUCAAGAUGUUCUAUGGCUCGCUUCACGACAUCGAAAGCUUCCCUUGCGAGGACGGCGACGAGGGGCUGGUCAAGGACGCAAGCACCUGCAUCAUGGGUGCCCACGGGCAGUGGAUCUGGAACAUUCAUCUCGAUUCACACUCUUCGCCGUCCGAAUUCGCCGAGCUGUACGCCAACAAGUACCGCGCACUGCUCUCGCGUGCCGACGAAUUCUUCGCUCGGACCGAGUCCACGCCUUCCAAAUCGCUCGUUGUCCUCUCGACGGGCUUUGAUGCAUGCCAGCACGAGCUGCCUGGCAUGCAGCGGCACGGCAAGUACGUGCCAGUCAGUUUCUACGAGACUUUCACGCGGGAUGUCGUCUGGCGCCUGGCCGAGACGAGGACAGGGGGCAAAGUCGUGAGCGUGCUGGAAGGAGGCUACAGCGAGCGGGCACUCGUGAGCGCCACGAUUGGGCACCUCGUCGGACUCUCAUCUUCCUCGCUUGCAGGAGAAGAAGGCAGCAAAGAAGAACAAGGGCCGCCGCUCGCGACGAGAGAGGAGUGGUACGGCCUGCCGGCGCUCCUUGCGCUCGAAAAGGCCGUCUCGAAGCAGCUCGGUGGCGCGCAUGGGCUAGCCGGCAGCAGCAGCAGCAGCAGCAGCAGCAGCAGUGCCUCUGCGCACGCCACGCCCCUGGCGAAGCGCAAGGGCUUUCCCGAGAGCAGCGCGGGCGACUGGCUCGGCGCGACGAUGGAGGCCUUCUGGAGGAUGUGGGAGGCGUGCGGCCACGAACGCCGGACUGCCGCGCAGGCGAACAAAGAACGCAAGGCCGGCCUGCUCAAGCCCACCGUACCCGUCUCGCCCUGGACGCCGAGGGAGCUGAGGUCGGCGAGGGGCACAAAUGCUUCAGGGUGAUGAUGAGCGUAAAUUCCUUUCUCUCGGCGUGUACCACUAGGAGUCGUACUAUGUGUGUUGAUACCCUGGACAGAAGUAGAUAGAUUGGAGACUGUAUGCACUAUUGCGAUUGAUCCGCCCGCGCGCGAAAGAGAGAAGAGGAGCUAGAAUGGUAGUUGCUGCUAU